GCUGCUUGUCCCGAGGUCCCCAACCUAUCUAUGUGUUGCCUGUCACGUUGACAAACCUCUCGCACACGCGAACGUGCCCCGUCAAGACCGUUCCGACUUGUUCUACUUGCACUCGCAUCCGGCACGUCUCCAAUAUGGCACCGGAAGAGGAUGCAGCCAGGUUCGACGUUAUCGUCCUCGGCGCAGGUCUCACCGGCAUUAUUGCGGCGCAUCGCGUGCUCCAGGUACAUCCAGAGACACGACUCGCCAUUCUGGAGAGCGACUACUGCGUCGGGGGAGUAUGGAGCAAGCGACGAAUCUAUCCGAGUUUUUGGUCGCAAUGGACUCAUGGCAUUGCCGAGUUCUCUGACAUGCCCAUGGAACGGCCACCUGCCGAGGACUGCAUGUAUGACUUGUUCCGCGCAAAGUAUACCACAAAAUAUCUUGAAGACUACGUCGACAACAAGAGCCAUGCCGGCCAGACGUUGCGAGAUAGGAUACAGUUCAACACGCACGUCGAGUCCAUCAAGAAAGUCGAUGGCCAAUGGCGAUUUGCGUGCAUCGACACCAUCACCAAGGCUCACCGGACUUUGUUUUCCUCCAGAGUCAUGAUGGCAAAUGGCCAGGCCUCGCUCCCCAAUAUGCCCAACUUUCCGGGCCAGGAGAAUUUCCAGGGCAAGAUUAUCCACUCCAUCGAUUUCGGCCAAUCCGACGUCAUCGAAGACAAGUGCAUCCAGCAUGUUGCCGUCAUCGGCGCGGGGAAGUCGGCCGCAGACAUGGUGUACGAGGCAGUCAAGGCGGGCAAGACUGUAUCAUGGGUCGUGCGCAAGACAGGCAACGGUUCCCUUGGGCCUGCGGCCUUCGCACCUAUCAACCUGCCCACGCCGUACAAGAACGGAGUCGAGGCGUCGCAGGCGAGAAUCAUGGCAUCCUUGCAGCCGUGCUACCUGAUCCCCUACAAAUCUUGGUGGACGUGGUUCCUCCACAGCACCACGCUGGGGGCCAAGCUCGUGAGCAAAAUAUUUUCGGCGCUGGAUAAUACAGUCCGCAAAUACGCUGGUUACAGAACGAGGACGAGUGACAAGGGAUUUGAAAAGCUAGAGUACGAUAACGAAAUUAUUUGGCAGAACGGCACGGCUGGGGGUUGCCAUUUUGACGACUUCUGGCCUCUUGUCGCAGAGAAAGUCUUCAUCUAUCGCGGUGAAAUCAAGUCCUUGAAUGGGCACGAACUCUACCUCAACGAUGAGGACGAGACGCAUUUUCCCUGUGAUGCCAUCUUGUGCGGCACUGGCUGGAGGCGUGGUCUUGACAUGUUCGACCACGAAACGCUGAUGGACCUUGGUCUACCGAUCCCAAAGGAUAUCGAGCCGCAGGAGGAGACAGACAAGUGGGCGAAGCUGGUCGCCGAAGCCGACGAACAGGUCCUCCGGCGGUUCGUCAUGCUCAGGAACCCGCCAAAGCACUACCACAAGUACGAGACGCGGACGCCCUAUAGGCUCUACCAGACCAUGGCCCCUCUUAACGAUGACUCUAUCCUGUUCAUGAAUCAGGUAGUCGCUGGGGCCAAGUUGUUCGCAGCAGAGGCGCAAGCCAUCUGGGCUGUGGCAUACUGGGACAAAGCAUUCAACCUGCCCUCUGUCACUGAGAGGGAGCGGGACGUUGCGCAUAUGAUCGCCUGGAACAAGCGGCGCUAUCUGUCAAACGGCGAGCUGGGCCACUUCGCUGCCUUUGACAGUGUCCCGUACGUAGAUAGGCUCUUGGACGAGGUCGGCCUCACGGCGCAUCGGAAAAAGGGCUGGCUGGGCAACAUGUUCUCGCCCAUUAUGCCCUCCGACCUAGGCAAGGUGUGGGAGGAGUACCUCGCGAAGCGAGCCAAAAACUAGGCUCCAACCAUUUGAAACCCAAAUUAAAAAU